UAAGACGAAGAAGACGGAAUCCGGAAAAUAUGACAAGAUGGCGGAAUGUGAAAACAACCACGACAACAGACAGCCGUCAAAUUUAGAUACCGAGCGUCCUAAUUUAUCCGAGCUGCUAGAUCGUGGGUGGAAGAUAUUCGAAGAGGUGGACAGUACCAACGUUCCCAUGGGCUCUAGCAGCAUCCAGGUGGGAGUGAAACGCGGCAUCGGUAUGUUAGAAGAAGCGUCCAGCAUGGUGGCUCAGCUCGACCUGUUCAGUCGUAACGAGGAGCUGGAGGAGGUCGCCACAGCGGAACUGAAGUAUCUACUGUUGCCCGCUCUCCUAGGAGCUCUUACCAUGAAGCAGACCAACAGAGACAAACGACUUCAAAUAGUCCAGACAGCCCGGGCUUACUUCAUGGACUUCCUAAGGAGAUGUAAAGAGUAUAACAUAUCACACUUUAAAAUACCAACGUCGGCGGAUAAAGACCCUAGUUGUGUCGACGCUCCAGAAGAUGGAUCUACUGCGGCCAAGUCUGUCCCCUGCCCAUCAGACCUGGUUGCCAUGGCAGCACAGAGACAAACUAAGAUCGAGCGGUACCGUCAGAAGAAGGAGCUGGAAACCAGACUGUCGCAUGUACGAAGAGCCAUCGAUAGCGGACUGGACGACGAUGAAGUCAACAGAGAUUUUUACCUUCUGAACGUCCAGAGAUGGGUGACUGUGUGUCUGGAGGAAAUCGAGAGUAUUGAUCAGGAGGUGGAGAUACUCAACAAGAUGGAUGUUCUAAAGCACAGUGCUGCCAAGAAACCAACUCAGCCGGUCAGGCCUCCCAUGAAACCAUUCAUCCUCACGAAGAAUGCUUUACAGGCUCAGGUUUUCGGGCCUGGCUACCCGAGCCUUCCCACUAUGACAGUAGAUGACUGGUAUGAACAGCACAGGAAACGUGGAGUACUGCCUGAUCAGGCAAUAUCCAAGAGGGAUGACGUGGAUGACGAUGCUAAUGCGGAGAGGGAAGAAGAAGAAAAAGAGAAAAAAGCUGAACAGGAUGAUGAAGAGUCUCUGCUGAAAGCCAGAAACUGGGAUGAGUGGAGAGAGACUCAUCGCAGAGGUUAUGGAAAUCGCCACAACAUGGGCUAACUGUUCCCAGCAUAGUGUGUGUCCAUCAUUGUUCCACCCGCUCUUAAUAAAAAUCUACAGUGUGGAUGUACUGAAUGGAGCCCAGUCAUGAUGCCUGUGUAUUCCCCUCACAAUGUAACUGGAGAAUAAAGAAUGAUCACACCGUCAAAA